GAUAUUUUGAAGGCAUCAUGAAUGCCUUAUUGACAACGAGCGAUAGGUCAAGUAAUGAAUCUAAUUCACGAACUUCAGCAUACGAGUGCAUUUCCAGUUUCGUUGCUGGUGCGGCAUUGGAUUGCUUCCCAUCAAUUCAUAAACUCACCGUGACCAUCUUGGAGAGGCUUGAACUUAGCAUCCAACAACAGAAUCAAGUCGUCGGUAACGAUGAUCGUCUAGCACUAGCAGAAUUUCAGUCAAAUAUUUGCAGU